GACAGCGGCGGCGGGAGUCACGGCAGCGGGCGGCGUGUCAGCUGCUGAGCGCACCGGAGACACAGGGAGGGGCGGGCGGAGGGGGCGAGGCGCCCCGGGACCCUCCCCACCGCCCCGCCGGCAGCAGGUGUGAGAGCAGCAUGGCCGGGAACAGCCUGGUGCUGCCCAUCGUCCUGUGGGGCCGCAGGGCCCCCACCCACUGCAUCUCCACCCUCCUGCUGAUGGAUGACACCUCCGUGGUGGUCACCGGCUGUCACGACGGGCAGAUAUGUCUCUGGGACCUCUCCCCAGACCUGGAGGUCAACCCCAGAGCCCUGCUGUUUGGCCACACAGCCUCAGUGACCUGUUUAUCCAAGGCCUCUGCUUCCAGUGACAAGCAGUACAUAGUCAGUGCUUCAGAGAGUGGGGAGAUGUGUCUGUGGGACGUGAAUGAUGGGAGGUGCAUAGAGUUCACUAAGCUAGCCUGCACACACACUGGCAUACAGUUCUAUCAGUUUGCAGUUGGGACUCAGCGUGAAGGGAGGCUCCUGUGCCAUGGACAUUAUCCAGAAAUUCUUGUUGUGGAUGCUACCAGCCUUGAGGUUCUUUAUUCUUUAUUAUCAAAGAUAUCUCCUGACUGGAUCAGCUCCAUGGCCAUCAUCCGAUCCAACAGAACACAAGAGGACACUGUUGUAGCAGUUUCAGUGACUGGCAUCCUGAAAGUAUGGAUAAUAACCUCUGAAGUCAGUCGAAUGCAGGACACAGCACCAGUGUUUGAAAAGGAGUCCAAACCCAUUUAUUGUCAGAACUGUCAGAGCAUUUCCUUCUGCACAUUCACCCAGCAGUCCCUGCUGGUUGUGUGCUCCAAGUACUGGCGGGUUUUUGAUGCUGGAGAUUAUUCCCUCUUGUGUUCAGUCCCGAGUGAAAAUGAUCAGACCUGGACUGGUGGCAGCUUUGUGGCAGCUGAUAAAGUGGUUUUGUGGACAGAAGAUGGACAAAGUUUCAUAUAUAAAUUACCAGCCAGCUGUCUACCAGCCAGUGAUUCCUUCCGCAGGGAUGUGGGGAAAGCAGUGGAAAACCUAAUCCCACCCUUAUUGUACAGUGUGUUGGACAGAGCAGAUAAACAGCUGCUGUUAUGUCCUCCAGUUACUCGAUUCUUCUGUGGGCAGAGGGAGUUUCCCUAUAAACUGUUAAUCCAGGGAGACUCUUCAGGGAGGCUGUGUAUUUGGAGUGUGCCUGAGACUCUUGAACAAGAUGAUGGUGCCAAAGGACUGCAGACAACAACUUCAUUAUCCCUCCAGGAAGCUUUUGAUAAGCUUAGCCCUCGUCCUGCUGGGAUCAUAGACCAGCUGAGCUUGCUCCCAAACCUGGAGGAGCCCCUGCGGGUGACAGCCAGCGUGUACAUCCCUGCCCACGGGCGCCUGGUCUGUGGCCGGGAGGAUGGCAGCAUCGUCAUCGUGCCAGCCACCCAGACUGCCAUUGUCCAGCUGCUCCAGGGGGAGCACACCCUGAGGAGAGGCUGGCCACCUCACCGCACCCUGCGAGGCCACCGAAACAAAAUCACAUCUUUACUGUACCCUCACCAGGUCUCUGCUCGGUAUGACCAAAGGUAUCUGAUCUCAGGUGGUGUGGAUUUCUCAGUCAUCAUAUGGGAUAUAUUUUCUGGAGAGAUGAAACAUAUCUUCUCUGUACAUAGUGGAGAAAUUACACAGCUUCUAGUUCCACCAGAAAACUGUAGUGCAAGAGUCCAGCACUGUGUUUGCUCUGUUGCCAGUGACCACUCAGUGGGGCUUCUGAGCCUGCGGGAGAAAAAAUGCAUCAUGCUGGCAUCUCGGCACCUCUUCCCUGUCCAGGUGAUAAAGUGGAGACCUUCUGAUGACUACCUGGUGGUAGGGUGUUCAGAUGGCUCUGUCUACGUCUGGCAGACAGACACUGGUGUCCUGGACAGGUGUGUGAUGGGGAUCACAGCAGUGGAGAUCCUGAAUGCCUGUGACGAGGCUGUCCCUGCUGCCGUGGAGGCACUCAGCCACCCUGCCAUCAACCUGAAGCAGGCCAUGACCCGCCGCAGCCUGGCUGCCCUCAAGAACGUGGCACACCAGAAACUCCAGACUCUUGCCACCAACCUGCUGGCUUCUGAGGCCUCUGACAAGGGGAAUUUACCUAAAUAUUCCCACCACUCCCUGGUGGUUCAGGCUAUAAAGACUAACCUGGCAGAUCCAGAUGUACACGUGCUCUUCUUCGACGUAGAAGCCCUGAUCAUUCAGCUGCUGACAGAGGAGGCCUCCAGACCCAACACAGCUGUCAUUUCUCCAGAGAAUGUACAGAAAGCUUCUGGUGGGCCUGACAAAGGAGGCUCCUUUCUGGGAGGGAAACGAGCAGCUGUCAUUUUCCAGCAGGUCAAGGAAACCAUCAAAGAGAACAUAAAAGAGCAUCUCCUCGAUGAUGACGACGAGGAUGAGGAGCUGAUGAGACAGAGGAGAGAAGAUGGUGACCCAGAAUAUCGCUCUAGCAAAUCUAAGCCAUUAACUUUGUUAGAAUACAAUCUAACCAUGGACACAGCAAAGCUUUUUAUGUCCUGUCUGCAUGCCUGGGGCCUGAAUUCUGGUCUAGAUGAGCUUUGCCUUGAACGUCUGGGGAUGCUUAAGCCCCACUGUUCGGUGUCCUUUGGCCUCCUGUCCAGAGGAGGCCACAUGUCUCUGAUGCUUCCUGGCUAUAACCAGCCUGUAGGCAAGCCAGAGUGUGAGAGUGAGGAGUUGGGAAGGAAAAUGUCCAUUACAGAGGGGCUGGGGAAGGGGACAUAUGGUGUGUCACGUGCUGUCACCACUCAGCACCUCCUGUCAGUCAUCUCUCUGGCCAACACACUGAUGAGUAUGACCAAUGCUACCUUUAUUGGAGACCACAUGAAGAAAGCUCCCACCAGGUCACCUAAGCCAGGCACUCCUGAGAUGUCAAGAGUGAAGGCAUCCCCUCCACCUGCAAGUCCUACAGUCCAAGGACAAAUUAAACAAGGGUGGAGCCAGCUGGCUGCCAUGCACUGUGUGAUGCUCCCUGACCUGCUGGGACUGGACAAGUUCAGGCCCCCUCUCCUGGAGAUGCUGGCUCGCAGGUGGCAGGACCGGUGCUUGGAGGUGAGAGAAGCUGCCCAGGCCCUGCUGCUGGCAGAGCUGAGAAGAAUUGAGCAGGCAGGUCGGAAGGAAACCAUUGAUGCCUGGGCUCCUUACCUGCCCCACUACAUGGACAGUGUUAUCUCACCUGGAGUGACCACAGAAGCCAUUCAGACUGGAAGUGCCAGCCCAGAUUCACUGGGGACAGAAGCAAAAGUUCAGGAGGAAGAGCAUGACCUGGUGGAUGAUGACAUCACAGCUGGCUGUCUGUCUGGUCUGCCACAAAUGAAGAAGAUCUCCACGUCCUACGAGGAGAGGCGCAAGCAAGCCACAGCCAUCGUGCUGCUGGGGGUGAUCGGGGCAGAGUUUGGGGCUGAGAUUGAGCCCCCAAAACUGCUGACCCGGCCCCGCAGCUCCAGUCAGAUUCCUGAGGGCUUUGGGCUGACCAGUGGUGGAUCAAAUUAUUCCUUGGCCAGGCACACAUGCAAGGCCCUGACCUUCCUGCUGCUGCAGCCCCCCAGCCCCAAGCUGCCUGCCCACAGCACCAUCCGCAGGACUGCCAUCGACCUCAUCGGCCGGGGCUUCACCGUCUGGGAGCCCUACAUGGACGUCUCGGCCGUGCUCAUGGGGCUGCUGGAGCUCUGCGCCGACGCCGAGAAGCAGCUGGCCAACAUCACAAUGGGGCUGCCCCUCAGCCCCGCCGCCGACUCCGCACGCUCGGCCCGGCACGCUCUGUCCCUCAUUGCCACUGCCAGACCUCCUGCCUUCAUCACCACCAUCGCCAAGGAGGUGCACAGACACACUGCCCUGGCUGCCAACACCCAGUCCCAGCAGAACAUCCACACCACCACCCUGGCACGGGCUAAAGGGGAGAUCCUGAGGGUCAUUGAGAUCCUGAUUGAGAAGAUGCCUACUGACGUCGUGGACCUGCUGGUGGAGGUUAUGGACAUCAUCAUGUAUUGCCUUGAAGGAUCUUUAGUUAAGAAGAAGGGUCUUCAGGAAUGCUUCCCAGCUAUCUGCAGGUUCUACAUGGUCAGCUACUACGAGAGGAGCCACAGAAUAGCAGUUGGAGCUCGCCACGGUUCAGUGGCCCUCUACGACAUCCGGACUGGGAAAUGUCAGACCAUCCAUGGCCACAAGGGCCCCAUCACAGCUGUGGCGUUUGCCCCCGACGGUCGGUACCUCGCCACCUACUCCAACUCUGACAGCCACCUCUGCUUCUGGCAGAUGAACACCUCCCUGCUGGGGAGCAUCGGCAUGCUCAACUCCGCCCCGCAGCUCCGGUGUGUCAGAACCUACCAGGUACCGCCGGUCCAGCCCGCCUCGCCGGGCUCACACACCGCCCUGCGCCUGGCCCGCCUCAUCUGGACCUCCAACCGGAACCUCAUCCUCAUGGCCCACGACGGCAAGGAGCACCGCUUCGUGGUUUAGGGUACAGCCCCGAGCUGCUCCCGGACCCUUCCCCGGACACGGGGCUGGCGCUGCCCUGCGGGAGGAAGGCGCGGGGACGGGAUGCGGGGGGGAACUGGGAGCACUGGGAGCACUGGGAUGGCGCUGAGCUCACGCAGCCCUCGUCGCACCCCUUGUUCCUUCGGAGGCUCUCGCGGUGUCCCGGUGUUUUCCCAAAACCUGGUGUUUACAUGGACUUUCUCCUGGUGACCACUGAAUGCCGGGGGGCAGCGGGCCCCGGGGCCAAGCACGGGGGGUCCUGGGCUCGCUGCCCCCAGGGGAGGGGAUGGAGUCUCGGGAUGUCCCAAGCCAGAGGGGAGGUUUCCUCCUGGUUUUCAAGAGCCUGGGAAGUGCUGCUGUUGCCCAGUCACUGUUUGCUUUAGUCUGGAAGAAAGAAUAGUCCUCGUGUACAUAAAGAAAAAAAAAAUAAUCCUCAUUAAGAUGGAAUAGCAGACUUGAUAAAAGGAGUAUUUAUAUAUAAAGUGGGUUUUUCUGCUAUCAUUGCAGGUAUUUGUUGAAAAAAAAAAAAAAAAAAACAAAACCUAAACAAAAGACCAAAAGGUUGUUCUUCCUAAAGCUGCUCCCAUUUGUGCCAGGCCAUGCCCCCACGCCGUGCCAGCCUGUGCUCAGGUCACAGCCCAGGGAUGGACACAGUGGCACAAGUGGCAUCAGUGGGAGCGAAUCUGGCUGGGAAAAUGGUGCAGAGCGUGUAGGAGGUAAGCUGUUCAGAGGGGUGUGUUGGAACAUUUUCUUCAGUAGGAAUAUUCCUAUGUAACAUUAGCUGUGACUGUGUUUCUCUCUUCUUACAUAUCUAAUUUUGUGAAAUAUUUAAUAGUGUGGAAGUAUGCUGGUUUAUGUUCACAGUAAAGAGAAAAAGAAAUCUAUAAAAUAUUAUUUUAUUUAAACAUAUUGAUGUAUAUGUUUGUAUAGCUUUUUCUUUGCCGGUUUUGCCUGAGAAGCUCACAGAACCAAGGUGGCUGUCUUUACAUGAUAAAGUAAAAAUGGUACUUAGAGAAUCCUCCCUUCCCCCAAAAGGAAUAAAUUAAUUUAAAAAAUGGCUUCUAAACAUAAAAAGCAUUGAUUUAUUUUAUUUUUUUUAGGUGGUCUUUGUAGUGCACUGUACAUGGAAAGUGAGAUUUGCAGUCCAGAAGCUACAUAUCUGUUUGCUGUUUAAAAAUAACCCUAGAACCCAAUAAAAAGCAAGGAAUUGAGACCAUUAGGAAUGUUGAGCACCAGCUGCCAUGAAGUUUGGUCUUUUCUCUGGCGGGGAUGUAGUGUGCAUAGUAGAGAACUCUGUGGUAGGACCAGGGUCUCUUCUCAGUGAACUGCUGCAUGUCCAUCGUGUUUGUGUGGCUACGUCUGUAACCUUGGAGGGGCAAAAAGAGAUAAAGAGGAGAGAGAGCUCACAGGGACUGUCCCUGAGCAGCUCAGGGCCUGUGGUUUGUGCUGAGGGACCCUGGGAGCCUCCUCCUCUUCCUCCUCCUCCUCCUCCUCCUCCUCUCACCAGCCCCCGGCCGCCCGCGGUGUGUACGAAGC